AUGUCAUAUGAACUAUCAGAUAAAUCUUUAGAAGAAGUUAAUAAUUUAGGAAAAGCAACUACAAUGAUAGGAAUGCUCAAAUAUUCAGAUGACUUUCAAAAAUCAACAGGAUCAGCUCAACUAUGGUUUAAAGAUACAACAUCUACUUCAGUAGCUACUGAUAGCUUGGAAUUUGCAGCAAGACAAAUUAAAGUUAUUCAGAAACCUGCUACAAAAGACACAUUUUCAUUUUGUAUUCCUUUAAAGCAUGUUCUCGGAUUCUGUGACGAUUAUGAUAAAGUGAUUUACGGAGUAAAGCAUUCACUCGUAAUUACAAGAAAAGGUGAUAAUCAUGCAAUUUUUAGAGCUGCUGGAGUAGCUGUAGGAAAAGUAAAUCUUACAAAAGUAUCAUUGUUUAUGAAGCAUAUAUGUGAGUAUAAUUCUGUUACACCAAAUGUUAUGGGAUUUAAAUAUAAACUCAGUGGAAGAAAUGAAAGACCUAAAUACAUCUUUCUAGCAUUACAAAUUUAUAGAAAUGGAAAUCAAGAAGUUAAAUCUGCAGUAUUUGAUAAUUGUGAUUUAAAAGCUAUUUCAGUAACGCUUAAUAGAGAACGAGCUUAUUUAGAUUCAGCUACUUUUAAUGAGAAGUUUUAUAGAACAAAUCAACUAUAUGCACAAAGCAGCAUACAUGAUGUAGAAUUUAGAGAAUUAUAUCCUAUUUAUGUUGUUAAUGUAAGCAAACAAACAGAAAGAUUAAAAAGCUCACCAGUAGAUAUUUAA